AUGAUCUCAUAUGCCAUCGGUGUCCGAGUCGCCCAGUUGCUCUUCGCCAUUGUGAUCCUCGGUUUAUCUGUUUCUCUGGCAAGGGGGCAAGUCAUCGAGUCUGUACCUUCAGAAACUGUCUAUGCGGCUUUUGCAGGUGGCCUCGGCAUUGUAGCUGCGCUACUUGGGUUUGCUACAACAUCUGAGAGCUCUGUUAAUAAACCUCUUACCUGGCUUGUGGACGGCGUCAGUGCCCUGGCAUUGCUGGUCGGUGGUAUUAUCUUUGCUGUUCGACUACGUGGAACCAGAUGCUCAAACUGGCUCACUACAUAUCACAACGUGUUACUUUGCGGCGGGUGUGACUAUGACGCGUCAGGUAUCCGCUCAAAUUGCUGGUAUGGCAGUGACCAAUUGAAGUCCAGGUGUGGUUCUGCUAUCGCCGAUACCGUCUUCAUGUUCUUGGCCUUCGUCAUAUGUAUUGCUGCGCUUGUCGAAACAGACGCCAGAGGAGCCAACCGUGGCUGGAGGACAAUCUGGAGAAGGCAAAGGGUGGAGCUGAAAGCUGAUCAAUGA